GAGGGCUGGCGCCGCGCGGACGGGACGUGGAGGCAAGAGCCGCAGUGCUGCAAUUUCACCCAGCUGGCCCCAGCCCGCCGCGGGAGCACCGAGCGGGCAGGCAGGGGCUGGCAUAGCGAGGAUCCGCUUCCCGAAAGAUGGGACCCGCCAAAUUCGGUGCUGGCGUGGCUGAGCGGAGGGAAGAGACCGGGCCUGCCCUGCCCUAGCGGAGGCUGGGAGGCUCGGCUUAGGGGUACCGGCCUCUGCCUUUCCGCCACGCCCUGCACACUAGGCUUUGAGCUGCGAGGCAUAUGCGGUCAUGGCCAUUUCAUGGGCGGGCGCGUAGGUCCAAAGAGAGGAUGUGGAGCCUAGAAGGCCCCAACUAGAAGGUGGCGGAAUCGGGGCACCCGCAUCUCGAUUGAGUGUACUGCGCCUUCUGACACACCUGCCUCGCAGCAUACGGGGACGCUGGCACUUGGUCACACGGAGCCUUUUGGAGCCCUUGGUGAGGCUCCUGUCAAACCUUGCUGACGAGGUCCCAUCACAUCUAGGGCCCAGGGGCUUCCCCGGUGGCGCAGUAGUUGAGAAUCCGCCUGCCAAUGCAGGGGGCACGGGUUCCAUCUCUGGUCCGGGAAGAUCCCACAUGCCGCGGAGCAACACAGCCCGUGCGCCACAACUACUAAGCCUGCAGUGCUGUAACUACUGAAGCCCGCGCGCCUAGAGCCCGUGCUCCGCAACAAGAGAAGCCACCGCAAUGAGAAGCCCGCGCACCAUAACGAAGAGUAGCCCCCGCUCGCCACAACUAGAGAAAGCCCGCGCGCAGCAACGAAGACCCAAUGCAGCAAAUAAAUAAACAAACAUACAGGGAACUCCGGCAAAUUUAAGUCUAAAAACCAAACAAACAAACAACCCCCCCCCAAAAACCCCCAAACAAAACAACUGGGAGCCGGGGCGCAACUUGUGUUUUGAACCCUGCCGGGGCAUCCACACCGUAGUGUUGGGCGCUCCUGCUCCGAAGGCGAGGCGAUGUAGCUGAUUGGCUUCUGGUAGAAACACUUUAUCUGUCAAUAGUGGUUUCCUCAGCUGACAGAUAGCUGUUGCCGAUCUUUGUUACUUUGUAUGCAUUCUGUGGAGGAGGGCAAUUUUUGUUACUUUGUGUGCAUUCUGCGGUGAGUCCGCUUUCAAGUCAAGGUGGGCAGAGUCUUCGGAAAUAGCGCAGGACCCUUAAUCCCAGUGAUUUGUACAUUUAAUUUCCAGGAAGUUUUGCAAAGUGUAUAAGGAAGGAUGGCAGUGCCCCCUCAUAUACCCCAUUCAUCUGCUUGGAGGAUCCAUGUAAACCAGGGAAGCAUGCUACCCUUUGAGGGUUUGCUAUAUAAAAAACAAGACUUGGAGGGUCAUGUGCAGUAAUACCACCUAAUCUGACAUCUCUGAGAAUGAGUGGUCCCAUGUAGGAACUAUCUAUGAAACUGAAGUUUAAACCUGGAAAUGCUAAAACCUAAAUGCUAAAAGUUAAUGCUAAAAUGUUUUGCAUAUGCCCUUGCCCUCUGUGUGAGGCUAAAUACCGGUCCUCCAAAGAUUUCCCCAUCCUAAUUCCCAGAACCUGUGACUGUUACCUCAUGUAGCAACAGAGAUUUUGCAGCUGGGAUUAAGCAUCUUGAUGUUGGGGAACUAUCCUAGGCUAUCUGGUGGGCCCAAUAUAAUCACACCCAUCCUUAGAGAGAGAGGCAGGAGGAGUAGAUAGGCCACGUGAUGAUGGAAGCAGAGUUAGAAGAUGCUGCACCGCUGGCUUUGAAGAUGGAGGAAGGGGCCGUGAGCCAAAGAUUGCGGGCGCUUCUAGAAGCUGGAAAGGGCAAGGGAGUGGAUUCUCCUCUGGAACCUCCAGAAGGAACCAGCCCUGCCGACACCUUGAACUUAGCCCCCUAAGACUCAUUUUGGACUUCUGACCACCGGGAUUGUAAGAGAAAAAAGUGUCAAGCUAGGGAUGCGGUCCAUCCCCAUCGCCACCGCCUGUGCCAUAUACCAUAAGUUCUCCUGCGAGAUCGACCUGGACGCCUAUGACCCCUACUUGGUGGCCAUGUCUUCCCUUUACUUGGCCGGCAAAGUGGAGGAGCAGCACCUGCGUACUCGUGACAUCAUCAACGUUUCCAACAGGUACUUCCACCCGGACAGCGAGCCCUUGGAACUGGACUCACGCUUUUGGGAGCUCCGGGACAGCAUCGUGCAGUGUGAGCUGUUCGUACUGCGGGUUCUGCGUUUCCAGGUCUCCUUCCAGCACCCUCACAAGUACCUGCUCCACUACCUGGUGUCACUCAAGAACUGGCUGAACCGUUACAGCUGGCAGCGCAGCCCCGUCUCCAUCACCGCCUGGGCCCUGCUGCGGGACAGCUACCACGGGAGGCUGUGCCUCCGGUUCCAAGCUCAGCACAUAGCCGUGGCAGUGCUCCACCUGGCCCUGCAGGCCUAUGGGGUCGAGGUGCCCGCUGAGGCCGAGGCCGAGAAGCCAUGGUGGCAGGUGUUUAGUGAAGACCUUACCAAGCCAAUCAUUGAUAACAUUGUGUCUGAUCUCAUUCAGAUUUAUACCAUGGACACAGAGAUCCCCUAAGGCCCUGGUCCAGGCCUGCCCAAAGAGAAGUCCGUGACGCUCGGCAGCCUGGGGAUGGCACCGCCACAGGGCCGUGAACGCCGGCCCCCAGAGGACCAGCUGGAAGGGCUGGUGAAGGCGAUGACUGUCCCCGGCAGCCGUGGUCUGGACAGUGACAGGAGCCACGCCUCCAGCGGGCGGGCUGGGAGUGCACCGCGAGGGGCUGCCGAGGCCAGGCGCUGCGUCUGCUUUUGUCCUUUGAGAGGACCUGACUGCCGUGGAGGGUGACAUCAUCGGAAGGAAAAUCAAAGAAAGGAUGGGACUGCGCCCCUGGGGAUUUUCUAAAAGCCUGAUUUAUAGAAUGAAUUAAUGUGCAACAUAGAUGGAAUUUUAUUUUGUGUAAUAAAAGAUACAAAUGA